AGCCAAGGAUCUAAGGCAUGGUGUCGUGUUUUGUAAACCUUGCAGCCCUUUAAUUAAUCAAGUUUGUGUAAGUUAGCUUUUUCUUUCGUUAUUGCUUACUCCCCUCCCCUGGCACCCGUUGAACGAAUAACCACAGUGUCCCAGAUAAUCUUGUUUUUGUGAGUCAUUUGUUUUUGGACCAGAUUUUUUCCAAUUCUAUUUUUGUGAGACAGGUCCUGCAUUUUUUUUCCGAGAGGCAUGCUUGACACGCGGAACCCGAACCCCGUCCACAACACCAGGCUGCAUUCAUACCACCUCACCUGUCCAUCCAGCACCCUCCUCUACCUCAGGAAUCCUCACAGGAGAGGCGCUUUCUCCCCACCCUCUCCCCAUUUGCGCAUCCACAUUUGUACGCGAGCUCUGUCCAUCCUCAUCCACCGGGCUUGCUCCCGAGCACGAGUUCCUCAAUCUGGAUCCCAUUACUCCACUCAAGUCAUGUCCGAUGCUGCCAGUGACCCAGGUUCCAGAAGCAGCACGCAUAGCGCCCAGGUUGAGCUGCCAGAAGACGAUGCUAGCGACGGGUGCCAUGGACAGUCUGGCGACCAUGCACCCCAGUUCACCUCCCGGUCCGCCUCAGCGGCAGCUCGUCGACGGGAUUUUGUUCACCGGCCGCGUCGCCUUUUCUUUAGCCUGCACCGACACUCUUGUCUCGACAUCUGAGAUCUGGGGAGCUUCGGCUCGGCGGCAACCCCCCAUGUGUUAAACCUGGACCCGUGGUCUAGGCCGCCGCCAUUGACUUGUACCGUGUGUCCAUCAGUCGACCCAAAACCGUCCCCCGUUACGGACCACCGUCUUCUCUCCGUGCAACAAUCAUUAAACCAUGCGGGACCCAUCACUGCUACGUACGUCGCCGCACGCGUAUUCUUCAUUUGCUGGCGGCCGUAGAACCACUUUUCCUCCCUACAACCGCAAUCUCCGUGCGGGAAUUGUUGGUCCAGAUAGCGGGACCAUGUAAGCCCGGGAGCC